AUGCCUAGGAAAACCAGGACCACGCGGGGCAAACAAAAGAUAGAGAUCAAGAGGAUCGAGAAGGAGGAAGCUCGCCAAAUUUGCUUCUCCAAAAGAAGAUCUGGCGUCUUUACGAAGGCUAGCGAUCUCUCCACCCUCUGUGGCCCGGAUGUUGCAGUGCUGGCAUUCUCCCCUCGAGGUAAGCCUUUUUCUUUUGGCAGCCCGGCCGUCAACCCGGUGAUCGACCGGUUCGUGUUGGAUAUUUCUUCCUCCCCCGGUUCAGGCCACCAUUGUGGACCGCCGAGCAAUACGGUCCAACAACUCAGCAAGCUAUGCCUGGACCUCACCAAUCAGCUACAUGCUUGUAAGGCCAAGAGUGCAGUGCUGGAGGAGAAGCUCAGCUCCCCCGGUUAUGAUAUCUUGGAGCUCGAUUGGUUCGAGAACGUGGAUGACUUGGAGCUGGACAAACUGGGGAAGCUGGCAGAGGCUCUGAAGCGAGUGAAGGUGAACGCUGAUGCACACGUUGACGCACGCCUCCUGCAUGGUAGGGGGGCCUUGUCCUCCUCUACUACUCCUGUUAUGACCGCCAACCAAGUUGAGGGAGCUUCGUCUUCUAAUAGGGUGAUGGCUGCUGCAUCUUCUAAAGGGGUCAUGGCUGCAGGAAAUGUGGGUACAUCUAAUUACUCAGUUGCUGAUCGCUUGGUUGCAGAAAUGAUGAUGUUUUCGCCACCUAGCCUGCCAUAUGAUGAUCAGGGGUUUGGGCCUGGGUUCCUAUUCUAA